CCUCCUUUUGAUUAAAGUAGAUAACACUCUCUCCCUCCUCCUCUCUCUCUCUCACUCUCUUGAAAAGCAAAGAAAAAGGAACAAAACAGAGCUGCUCUCUACUCAUCUCGCUCACAUGGCUCGUCCUUUCAGCUUCCUGAACGCCGUCGCGAACUCUUCGGCGACCACCACUGGGUCGCCUCCACAAGCAUCAGCCACGGUGGACUCAGACUUCAUGGUCAUACUAGCAGCACUCCUCUGCGCUCUAAUUUGCGUUCUUGGCCUCAUCGCUGUAGCUCGCUGCGCUUGGCUCCGCCGCUUCUCAUCCCGGAAUCCCACACCACCAGUUCCCCCUCCUCCUCCUUCUGUCGCCAACAAAGGGUUAAAAAAGAAAGUCCUCCGCUCUCUCCCUAAACAAACCUUCUCUGAAGAUUUCUCCGGGAAACUCCCCGAUUGUGCAAUUUGCUUGACGGAAUUCUCAGCUGGAGAUGAAAUCCGUGUGUUGCCUCAGUGUGGACAUGGGUUUCAUGUGAGCUGUAUUGACACAUGGCUUGGGUCUCACUCUUCUUGCCCUUCUUGCCGUCAGAUUUUGGUGGUUGCCAGGUGUCAGAAGUGUGGUGGUUUGCCUUCAGGUUCGAGUUCUUCUAAUGGUGGUGGUGGUGGUGGUGGUGGAGCUGAAACUGAAACUGAAGCUAGCCUAAAGGAGCGUGAAGAUGGUGCUAAUAGGUUCUUGCCCUAGCUUAAUUAAAGCUUAUUUGGAUACUUCUUUAUAUAUAUAUAUAUAUAUAUAUAUAAAGAAAAAAUGUUUAUAGCCAGUAAUUUAAUCCUUGUUGGUAAUUGUGCUUGGGAUUAGUCAAUUCAGUAUUUGAAAUUAAUUUUAGUUAUAUUAGGAAUUUAGGGUUUAGAAAGGAUCAAGGAAGAUUGAAGAUGGAAUUGAUUAUAAAUAAGUAGAGUGUUUCUGUAUUUUUAUGGAUUUAA